AUGACAGAACCAGCAGAGGUGAAUCACGCAGCGCUCCUUACUCUGCGCUUCCCGUGCGCCGGUGCCGCUCCGAGCGGCCCACGGCUCCGGGAUGAGGCUGCGGGCACAGCCAACGCGGCUCGCUGCUGUUGCCUAGGCGACGAUCCCGACAUGGGCUGCUCCGUGACGGAGGUCAAGACGGACAUCUACGUGACCAGCUUCGGGCCCGUGUCCGACGUGGAGAUGGAAUACACAAUGGACGUUUUCUUUCGUCAGACAUGGACUGAUGAGAGGUUGAAAUUUGGUGGGCCAACUGAAAUCCUGAGAUUGAACAAUUUAAUGGUCAGUAAAAUCUGGACACCAGACACCUUUUUCAGAAAUGGAAAGAAGUCAAUUGCUCAUAAUAUGACUACACCUAACAAACUUUUCAGAAUUAUGCAGAAUGGAACUAUUCUUUACACAAUGAGACUUACCAUUAAUGCUGAUUGUCCUAUGCGGUUGGUGAACUUCCCAAUGGAUGGGCAUGCUUGUCCUUUGAAGUUUGGAAGCUAUGCCUACCCAAAAAGUGAAAUAAUUUAUACAUGGAAAAAAGGACCCCUCUAUUCAGUAGAAGUACCCCAAGAAUCUUCCAGUCUCCUCCAGUACGACCUCAUAGGACAAACUGUAUCCAGUGAAACAAUUAAAUCUAACACAGGUGAAUACGUAAUCAUGACAGUUUAUUUCCACUUGCAAAGGAAGAUGGGCUACUUCAUGAUACAGAUAUAUACUCCUUGCAUUAUGACAGUCAUUCUUUCUCAGGUGUCUUUCUGGAUUAACAAGGAGUCUGUUCCAGCCAGAACAGUUUUUGGAAUCACAACAGUUCUAACAAUGACCACUCUAAGCAUCAGUGCACGCCAUUCCUUGCCCAAGGUGUCCUAUGCUACCGCCAUGGAUUGGUUCAUAGCUGUUUGCUUUGCCUUUGUUUUCUCUGCACUUAUCGAGUUUGCAGCUGUCAACUACUUUACCAAUCUUCAGACUCAGAGAGCAAUGAGGAAGGCAGCCAGGGCAGCAGCACUGGCAGCAGCGCUAUCAGCAGCAACUGUACCGGCAGAGGACGAGAUUGUCUCGCAUUCUGAUUCCAAUUGUAACCUGAAGAAGCGAAUAAACUCAGUAACAUCUCAAGCAGAACAGUCUCCUCACGCAAGCAUAAUAUCAGAUAUUACAUCCCAGUGUCAACCAGCGUCUGCUGCUCCACCAGCCCCACCACCACCACCACCACCUAUUGGAGGGACAAGUAAAAUAGACCAGUAUUCUAGGAUCCUCUUUCCAGUGGCAUUUGCAGGAUUCAACCUGGUGUACUGGGUUGUUUACCUUUCAAAAGACACUAUGGAAUUUUUUGAACCAACUGCAAUGCAUCUUCGAAAUGAUCAUCAGCCCAAUUGA